AUGGCGAAGGUCAGCGGAAUCAGCGACAAAGUCGCCAUCGAUGCUCUUAGGAAGGCACUCUGGUACAAGUCGAAGUUCAGAAAGUGGAUAACGCUCGAGAAACCUCGCACGAUCCAGGAUGCCCUCCACAAAGCCUCGGAUUACAUAAUGAUCGAAGAAGAGACGAAGGUCUUGUCGCAAAAACAUAAGCCGACAAGGAGCUCUUCGAAAGACGUGGAUCCAAAAUCAAAGAAGAAAAAUUCUCGUAACGACAAGUAUGUCCAUAACGAGGGGGAAGAACUUCAGGGCGCACACAAUUACGCGAUGAAUCCAGAGCAGGACAGGACUUCGGGAAAUACGUGGAACUGUAACCAGAGUUACGACAAAAACGUAUACUGCGAGUUCCAUCAGACCGAAGGUUACUCCACGGCUAACUGCAAAGUCGUAGGGGCGAGGCUGGCCGCGAAGCUUCUUGCUGGAGAACUCUCCGGAGUAACCAGCGUCAAGGAUCUAAUCCUCGACUCCGACAGUCCGCCAAAAACCAACAAGAAUCCUCCCGCGGAGAACUCGUCGCCGAAAAAUCAGGCGGGGGAUAAGCGCGAGAGAAGACCAGACGAUAGGGGAAACGAUAAUUCCCGAAGGAGGGUCAACAUGAUCAUGGGAGGAUCCCAGUACUGCAGGGACUCCGUUUCGGCCAUCAAGGCCUACCAACGGAAAGCCGAGUCGACUGUGAAGUACCCUCCGCGGUCACCUCCUCAAGACGGACGUAGCACCUCGAUAACGUUUACCGAAGAAGAGGUGUACUGA